CGCAGCGUGGUUCGGGGAUUGGAUCGCCCGUGCCUGAAUCUCUGAGUCCACCCUCCUCACUUAAGCAGCUCUGCUUUCGCUUCCCUCUGCAGCGCGCGAGAUCUCAGCUUACCAUUAUCGCCCGUCGGCAGCACUCUUCUUCGAGCACUAGCAAUCUCGUCGAUCGAAGCCAUGGCAGCCACCGCCGUCUCUGCCUUCCUGGCCCCUGCUGCCGUUCCCACCUCCGCCGUUCAGAAGUCUGCAUUCUGCGGAACCUCCGUCUCUGGUCUCCCCGCCUUGGGCCCCGUCAGGACCGUCCGCACCUUGAAGAUCGUUGCCAAUGCCCCCAAGAAGAUCAACGUGAAGGAGCCUCUCGGUCCCUCUGGUGAGAACAAGUACAGGGGUGGACUCGAUGCCCAAGGGCGCAAGACAAAUGGAAAGGGAGUGUACCAGUUCGUGAAGAAGUACGGUGCCAACGUCGAUGGAUACUCCCCAAUCUGGGCACCUGAGGAAUGGUCAGCCGGAGGCAGCACCUACGCCGGAGGUACUCCCGGACUUCUGUUGUGGGCUGUGACUUUGGCUGGACUUUUGGCCGCCGGAGCUUUCCUCGUCUACAGCACCAGCGCCCUUGCAUAAGAUGUUGCAAAGAAUUAGGUGAUACAACAAUUGUACAUUUAGUUAUGGGAAGGUAGUCGAAGAUUUAUCUGCCCGCCGUUCAUGUAAUCAUAUUUCUCUAGCACGCAGAUGAGCUCUGGCUUCCAUUUGGAAACUUGGAUCGUGACAAUUAUACUUCUCAUUCGCUACUUAUAAAGUGCUUCUUCAAGACUUCGACAUUAUCCCCUGCUGAGUGUUGUCCUCGUUCGUUAAAUAUUCAUAUUCACUCUUCUUCAACAUU